AUGUCUAGAAUUCUCUGUGGGUUGAACCAGAAAGAUGGUAAUUUGGUAUACCCACCACCUUCCUCAUUUUCAGUUCCUUCUGUUAGCGUUAACAAUGGACAGGAAUUAUCCCCUUCUUCAUCAUCAUCAUCAUCAUCAUCAUCUCUUAGCAAUAUCAGUCCAGUACUUCUGUUGGUUAUAGUAAUUCUAGCUGUUAUCUUUUUCAUCUCUGGCCUUGUUCAUUUGCUUGUAAGAUUUCUCAUAAAGAGGUCAUCUUCCUCAAUCUUUCAAUCCAAUAGAUACCCAGAAACCUCUGGGUCUCGUGCUAUUCAAAGGCAGCUUCAACAGCUCUUUCGGUUACAUGACGCGGGCCUAGAUCAAACUGCCAUAGAUUCUCUACCUGUGUUCUACUGCAAAGACAUUAUUGGUUCAAAAGAGCCAUUUGAUUGUGCUGUUUGUCUGUGUGAAUUUUCUGACCAGGACAAGCUGAGAUUGCUCCCUAACUGUGGUCAUGCUUUUCACAUUGAUUGUAUUGACACUUGGCUCCUCUCAAAUUCAACAUGCCCCCUUUGUAGAGGGACCCUUUUGAGCUCUGGGUUUUUCUUGGAAAAUCCAGUGUUCAAUUUUGAUGAUGCUAGGGAAAUGUCAAAUAGGUUCGUUAGUGAGGGAGAGAACAUGUGUUCAAGCGGUCAGAAACAUUUAACUAUGGAGGAAGCUGCUGGUGAAAAGAGGGUAUUUUCUGUAAGACUUGGAAAGUUCAGAAGCUUAAAUGAAGGAGUAGAAAGUGGAGGGAGAGUGGGAGAAACCAGUAGCUGUAAUUUGGAUGCUAGGAGAUGUUACUCAAUGGGUACAUAUCAAUAUGUGGUUGGUGACUCAAAUCUGCAAGUGGCCUUGUCCCAUGAUUAUGGUGGAGAUAGUGAUGCCAAGCUUGUCAAAGAGGGAGUUCAUAAUGGGAACUUCACAGUUAAUGGGAAUCUGGAGGGGAAGAAAAUCAGUGGCCGGCACAAGGGUGAGAGCUUCUCUGUUUCAAAGAUCUGGCUUUGGUCCUCGAAAAACCGAUUCCCAGGUUCUUCGAAUGCUACUGGUGUACCUCCUUUUAGAUUAAGUUCUCCAAUCAGAUGA